AAUAAGUCCUGUUGUUCGUGGUGGCAUCACGACAUGUGGCUAAUCUAUAUGCUGGAAAAUAUUUCUUUCUAGACUUGGACUCACUCACUUUCAGUACCCAUGUUAACCCGGUCCAGUGCUGGGCAAUUUAAUCAUAGCCGAUCCGACUGAUCAUAGCCGAUGUUCUUGGUAGGUGAGAGGAAACCAGAGAACCCAGAGGAAACCCACACUAAGGGAAGAUUUACAGACAGUAACCUGAUCUCAGGAUUGCGCUGGGGAUCCUGUGAGGCAGCAACGCUACCCUAAAUUAGCGCUCAUAAUUGAAUGCAAGUUUCAGAUCAUGGUUUUGUUUUGUUUUUGUUUUUCCCUUUCCCUUUGGUGUUGCUCGGUAAGGUUCACAAGAUAAAACAAGUGAGAAAACCCGAAUGUACAGUGCUUGCUUGAUAUGAGAGCAGGCUAUCUGCAGUGUGCCAGCAUACAGCAUACAGAAGCGCUCCAUUUGGAACACAGCCAUGCACUCGGCUCAUUAGCCGCUGAGGGGCGGAGUCAGCGCGGCGCACGGCUCUGUGAUUGGCCACUGGGAGGUAAAUCGGCUUUGCGUCGGUUCACAGGAGGGGUGAUCUUAUUUUCUUCUCUGAGAGGAGGGGGGUCGAGUUGUGAACCGCUGAGAGGUAGAGAGACGCGUCGACGCGGGGGUUUUUUUCUUACCGCAGUGUCGGCACUUUUUUCUCUCUUUUUUUUUUUUCCCCUGCACUGCACCGCUCUGCGGAUCGCCCCGAGCUGGUGUCUACGCAUGCGCAUUGCGAUGAGAUAGCUCCGAGCCGGCCGCGGAACUUCCCUCCUCAUUCAUCCUUGAUAUUUAUUUAUUUAUUUAUUUAUUUAUUUAUUUAUUUAUAAAAGGUGACAAUCUCCCAAAACCUCUGCUGUGCCUAAAGAGUCAUCCUCAUCUGCCUGAGGUUAAUAGCUAGGAAUCUAAUAGCGCAGAUCGGGUUAACCCUUUCUCUGCCUGGAUAGAGCUCUCCUCUGCCGGUGCUUUCAGUGUGCGUGGAGGGUGUGUGUGUGUGUGUGUGCGCGCGUGCGUGCGUGCGUGAGCGUUAAACCUCAGGCGUUAGUUCAGUGACUGCAUCAUUCUUGCAUCAAAUAGCAAAGAAAAUGGCAAAGGACGGCAACAAGAGCUCGUGGAAAGAGUUCAUCUGGAACCCGAGGACCCGCGAGUUCUGCGGAAGGACCGCGAGCAGCUGGGGCCUGAUCUUUUUGUUCUACCUGGCCUUCUACAUCUUCCUGGCCGGAUUAUUCUGUGUCACCAUCUAUGUCAUGCUUCUGACCCUUGAUGAUAACAUACCCACUUGCCAGGACAGGCUUGCUACACCAGGUAUGAUGAUCAGGCCUACGGGUAAAGAUCUGGAGAUCAUCUACACCAAGGAGGACACCGAGAGCUGGGAUUCACACGUGCAGGCACUGAAUAGCUUCCUCUCCACCUACAACGACUCAGUGCAGGAGCAGAAUAAUUUGGAUUGUACGCCAGACCAGUACUUCAUCCAAGAGGACAGCGACAGCGUGAAGAACAACCCUAAGCGCUCGUGCCGGUUCAAGCGCUCUGUGCUGGAGGAGUGCUCAGGCCUCGUCGACCGCUACUAUGGCUACUUCGAUGGCAAGCCGUGCGUCAUCAUCAAGCUCAACCGGGUGAUCGGUAUGCUUCCAGGAAAGGAUGGCCCAGUACCGUCUGUUAGUUGCGGUCCCAAGGGUGAUGACUCGGACAAGAUGGGGGAGGUAGCGUACUUUCCUCCCAAUGGCACCUUCAACCUCAUGUACUUCCCGUAUUACGGCAAGAAGGCACAGGUGAACUACUCGCAGCCUCUGGUGGCCGUCAAGUUCCUGAACAUCACGCUGAACACCGAAGUGAACGUGGAGUGCAAGAUCAUCGCCAGGAACAUCCUCGCUAACAACGACCGCGACAAGUUCGCCGGCCGCGUCUCCUUCAAGCUGAGGAUCAACUCGAGAAAAUAAUUUCUGAAGGAAGUCUGUGCCGUCCUUAUACGCUCUUGUGUAUACACAUAUACAUCUGCUUUACACACACACACACACACACACACACCGUGCGGUCUAUCGUAUCGUAUACAGGAUGCUCUGAGAAAAACACACCAGGCACAACAUUCUCGAACGCAGAGCAGAGUUUGAGUAUGUGUGUGUAUGUGUGUGUGUGUGUGUGUGUGUGUGUGUGUGUGUGUGUGUGUGUACACUGAGUGUUUCCAAGUAUUACCAAUUUUAUCUGAACAUGAGAAAUCUAUUUAUACUGCAUGACUAUAAUGUAAAAGGAACAUUUACGAUCGAAGGCAGUGAGGAUUUGACGUAGAGGGCAAGGUUGUGAUCGGUCGGAUCACGUGACUCAAAACGGGGCAAAACGGCGACAUCACAAUCGUACACCACGAAUCGAGAGCAAAGGUGGGGGGAGUGUUAAAUAAAUAUGCGUGUAGUUUCCUUGUUAACACCUUUCGUUCUGCAUGCGAGUGUGUAUGUUUGUGAAUUCUCUCCUACAAUUACACACUAAUGAUUACGUAUAUUUUCUAAGCUACGACUUGUACCAGAGUAUACGAUGUAUCGUUCCACCCUGAAGUUCCUCAAAUAUCAAUAAACACAAUGCGUCGUAAUAUAAGC